CUCUGGGGAUAAGACCAUCGCCAGCCAUUUCCUAGUAGACUUGGUUGUACUAGAUCCUCGCUGCUCUAGUUUUGCACGUCCUGCUACCACUGGCUACGCAGCACGCACGCAAUCUGCACAGCGUGGAGACAUCUCCCAUCUCUUGCUCGGGAAGGAAGAAUCUCCAGGGUCCAGACUCCAGACCUGUGUGGCGAUGCUGAUGAACCUCAUCUAUUCCACCUGAUUAGCACAGCAAGCCAUCUGUGGCUCCGCGCGGUUUGUUGAGACGGAACCCGUAAAUUCAACUUAUCUCUUCUCUUCUUAAAUACUCGAAGAUCAAAUAGAACGAUUUCAUGCGCAAGGAUGGAAUUGUUAUACUACAUUGAUGGUUGAUUGCUGGAACUGUUUUGCCUGAAAUACUGAGGUCAAACUGCAUAAAGAGAAAUGGCCGAGGCUGCUCUUCUUCUUGUCACGACAAAGAUCGGAAUAGCUGUGGCAGCAGAAAUACUUCAUCACGCUAAGUCUGUUGCAAAACUCUCAGAGAAAAUGACACUGAUAAGGAAUGACCUAGAGCUUAUUCGAGCAUUUCUCAAGGAGAUUGGAAUGAAAGCUCCCACAGAUGGAGUAACCGAAACAUGGAUAGGGCAAGUCCGAAGAUUGGCGUAUGAUAUGGAAGACCUUGUGGAACAAUUUUUGUAUGUUGUUGGCAAACACGAUCAGAAAGGAUCAUGGUGGACUAGUGUGAAGAAAAUCUUGAAGAAACCCCAGUAUCUGUUUACACUAGGUGAAAUCGCUACUGGCCUUGAGAAAAUAAACCAAGCCCUUACACAUCUUAAACAAAACAGAGACUGGACUCAAGCUGGUGUGGGCGAUCUUUUUGCAACAAAUUAUGACAGCCAACAACAACCAUAUCUUCCUGGACAUGAUUACUCAAUCUCUGAUGAUGAACUUGUGGGAUUUGAUAAAAAUAGAAAAAUGUUGAUGGGGUCACUGAAUUUGGAAAAUUGUCCAGAUCUGCAAAUCAUUGCCUUGUGGGGUAUGGGUGGUAUCGGGAAAAGCACUCUUGUUAGUAACGUGUUUAGAAAUGAAGCAUCCAACUUUGAAUGCCGUGUAUGGGUUUCCGUCUCCCAGUCAUAUAAACUAGAGGAUAUUUCGAGAAGAAUUCUGAAAGAAAUCUAUUCUGAAGACAAGAAAGCAUUUGAUGGUGAGAAGCUGACUUGUGCAGAGCUACAAGAUAAAUUGAAGGAAAUCUUGAAGACAAAGCGGUACUUGAUCAUAUUGGAUGAUGUUUGGACAGCUGAAGCUUUUAGAAAAAUUAAAGAGGUUCUCGUCGAUACAAAAAUGGGAAGCAGAAUAAUAAUCACAACAAGAUCUGAUGAAGUAGCUUCACAAGCUGAUGACGGAUACAAGAUCAAAGUUGAGCCUCUUGAGAAGGAGGAUGCAUGGCAUCUGUUUUGCAGGAAGGCAUUUCCGAGAACUGAAAAUCACAUCUGCCCAUUAGCAUUACGGAAGUGUGGUGAAUCCAUAGUGGAGAAGUGUGAUGGUUUACCAUUAGCCCUUGUGGCCAUAGGGAGCAUAUUAUCUCUUAAGGAGCAGAAUGAUACAGAGUGGGGACUAUUUGAAGCACAACUUAUCUCCGAGCUAAACAACAAUUCGAACCUGAAGCAUGUGGUGAAAAUACUGAAUCUAAGCUACAAAUACUUGCCUGAUGAUUUGAAGAGUUGUUUCUUGUAUUGUGCCAUGUUCCCAGAAGACCACAUGAUCCAUAGAAAAAAAUUGAUCAGACUGUGGGUUGCAGAAGGGUUUAUAAAACAAAUUGGAAAUUGUAGUUUAGAAGAUGUUGCUGAAGGUUACCUGAGAGAGCUCGUUCGACGAAGCAUGCUUCAGGUGGUAGAGAGGAACAGUUUUAACAGGAUCAAGUGUCUUCGAAUGCAUGAUCUUGUGCGGGAAUUAGCCAUUUUCCAAUCCAAGAGAGAGAGUUUCGGUACAAUUUAUGAUGAUAGUCAUGGGGUGAUGCAGGUGGAGUCAGAUUCUCGUCGCAUGUCGGUGCUCCAAUGCAAAAAUGACACUCAACCAAGCAUAGGUCAAUGCAGGCUUCGUACCUUCAUAGCAUUCAACACUAGUAUGGGAUCCUUUCCAUGGUUUAGAUCAGAAUCGAAGUACCUUGCUGUGUUGGAGCUAUCAGGAUUACCUAUCGAGAUUGUUCCAAAUUCAAUUGAGGAGCUAUUCAACCUUAGGUAUUUGGGCCUCGACAAAACCAAGGUGAAGGUACUCCCGAAAUCUGUUGUGAACCUUCACAACUUAGAAACAUUGAGUCUUCGAGGUGCAGACUGUCUGUAUCUCCCACGAGGGUCUAAAAAGUUGAAGAGCUUGAGGCACAUUAUAAUGGGUAAAUUGCUGGACGGAACUUUCUCGAGUUUCAAAAGUUUUGAAUCUAUGGAGCCUUCUGAGGGAUUGUGGAGUUUCAAGAACUUGCAAACUCUAGGUGCAGUUCGAGCUAGUAAAGCUUUCGUUGCAAAACUAGCAAGUUUAUCUCAGCUGAGGACCCUUAGCAUUACUGGGGUAAGGAGCAUCCACUGUGCACAGUUGUGUGACUCUCUGUCAAAGAUGCACCACCUCUCAUUAUUAGAAAUAAGUGCUAGCAACGAAGAUGAGGUGCUGCAGCUUGAAACUUUAACAUUGUCAAAUCGUCUUAAAAAGCUCACUUUGAUUGGGCGAUUUUCUGAAGGCACUUUGACGUCUCCAUUUUGCUCAAACAAUGGAGAUGUACUUCACAGGUUUUUUCUCUAUUGGUCCCAGCUCUCGGAGAACCCAGUGCCGUGCCUCUCUGAAUUGUCAAACUUGACCCAAAUACGUCUAAACAAAGCGUAUACUGGACAGGAGAUAAACUUCCAGACAGAGUGGUUCCCAAAUGUGAAGACUCUUUCCUUGUUGAAUUUGCCACAUGUCAACCAAAUAUGCAUACACGAGGGAGCUUUGGUCCGCCUUGAAGAACUUGUGAUCAUAAACCUGGCCGAACUGCAGGACAUACCUGGGCUGGGACAUCUGAAAUCCCUCAAAGAGACGCAGUUUUAUGACAUGCAUCCUGAUUUUGUAAGGAAUCUUGAAGCGGCAAGACUAGAGCAUAUCCCGAUAUCCUACUACAGGACAGUGCGGGAAUUGAACCAUCCUAGCCAAUAUAUUAUGUUUGCACUUUUCAUGCCAUUCAGUGUGUGCUCGAUUACCUGCACCAAAUUCUAGCUUUUUGAGCUGAUGAAAUUCCGUUCUGUUGCAGACCCGGAGAGGCAUGAAUCUUUCUUGUCUGGGUGGGGUUUGCAGUUAUCACUUAUCACCCUCAAUCCGGGAGCUAUGUAUCUCUGUCGAGGAAUGGCGAUUUAUGAGACAACUGUCUCUCUUCUUGCUAUUAUUAUUCUUAUUUCUGCUUAUUAAAACAAGAACUGGUUUCUAAUAACUCAUGGGAAUGAUUUCUA